AGCAACUACUUUGUCUUCUUUUCCAAUUAGUUUCAUCGUUUUCAAGAUUUAUCUUCCUUCUCCGUCUCAUCUCGCCACAGUCUCAACCAACUAUUUACCUCUCUUCCCUUCUCCCCUCACUUUCUCGCUCCUUCUGCAUAAAUUUCCCUCGAAUUCGCGCCAUCUUCUCUGCUGAUCUUGUGUUUUCCUACGAUUUUGAACUGAUUGUGACGCCGAUUGCUAGCUGAAUUUCUAUGGAAAACGGCGUUUGUGACAACGGCGUGUGCUCCUCAGAGUCGGUGAAUGGAGGCCAAGAUGUUUGGAGCUCUAAGGAGAGCGAUUCUCUCUCCGCCGAUCAUCUCGUUGUCAUGGUCAAUGGCAUAAUGGGGAGUUCCACUGAUUGGCGGUACGCAGCAGAGCAAUUUGUUAAAAGACUUCCUGACAAGGUUUUUGUUCAUUGUAGUGAGCGAAACGUGUCUAAAUUGACGCUAGACGGCGUUGAUGUGAUGGGUGAUCGGUUGGCUGAAGAGGUUCUUCAAGUGAUUCAGAGAAAGCCCAACCUACAGAAGAUCUCCUUUGUUGCACAUUCUGUGGGGGGGUUAGUAGCAAGGUAUGCCAUUGGAAAACUAUACAGCCCGCCUGAGACAGAGAAAUUAGAGGAUGCAUCUACAAAUGGACAACCACAAGAGCCAUCUGGUGCAAUAGGUGGUUUGGAGCCUGUGAACUUCGUUACUGUUGCCACACCGCACCUAGGUUCAAGGGGUAAUAAGCAGGUACCGUUUCUUUUUGGUCUAACUGCUAUUGAGAAACUCGCAAGCUUGAUUAUCCAUUGGAUACUUAGAAGAACGGGCGAACACCUUUUUAUGACUGAUGAUGAUGGAGGAAAGCCUCCACUGGUUCAACGCAUGAUAGAAGACCAAGGCGAAUACUACUUCAUGUCUGCGUUGAAGUCAUUCAAACGUAGGGUCGUCUAUUCUAAUGUUGACUACGACCAUUUUGUUGGUUGGAGAACAUCAUCAAUUAGACGUAUUGAUGAGUUGCCAAAGUGGGAAGAUGCGGUCAACGAAAAGUAUCCUCAUGUUGUUUAUGAAGAACACUGCAAGGGUACCGAUGCUGAGAAGAUCGAACCAACCUCAACAGAAGUUAGCUAUCCUGAAAGGCUGGAAGAGGAAUUGGUGACCGGUCUAUCUCGUCUGUCAUGGGAAAAAGUAGAUGUUAGCUUUCAUAAAUCUAGACAGAGGCUUGCAGCUCACAGCAUUAUUCAGGUGAAAGAUCACAUCGGGCAUAUAGAAGGUGCAGAUGUCAUAGAUCACAUAAUUGAUCAUUUUCAAACUUGAACUGCUAACGACCACGACGAAACCACAAUUACAUACUAGAAACACCGUCUUAUUGCGGGUUGGAGAUGCUUUUGCAGUCUAAAGGACACAUUUCCACGAAACCUAUGAUUACAAUUUAUCGAUGUCGCUUAAUACAUAGUAUUAUAAAUUGUAUAUGUUAGGAUACUAUAUGGUUAUUUGAAUAAUCACAUUAAUUGUAGUGAUAACUGGUUUGGUGGUGUUCGUUAGAGUGUGGCUUAAGUGCAUGCUUCAAAAAGUAUAAGUGAACAAUGUUAAAUCAUAAACCACAAAGAACAUGGUUCCUAUGAAAGUACCAAAGUCUGUCCUUUCCUUAAA